GCCGGAGUCGUCGCAGCCACCUCAUUGCACAACUCGGCUUCCCAACUGUUUACACAGCCCGGCCUGUGAGUGUGUGUGUAUACAGCGUGAGUCACCGGGAGGCGGAGGAGGUGGAGGAAAGGAGAAGGAGGAGUGCCCUGGCCCGGAUCUGUGCGGCGCACACACUCACACUCGCCACUCUCUCCGAGCGCGUCUCGCUAGCUCGCACACUCGCCUGAAGCCCGGGAGCGCGCCGGGAUCCCGAGCGUGGCGGAAAAGUUUGCUCCGGCUCUUACUCGAGACUAAUUGCUUUGGGAAGUACAUUGGCUCCGCCGAGCCUGCGGAAUCCCGUCCUCUCGGCUCCGGAUCUUGGGAACGCAGGCCGCCUCGGUCUCUGGGACCUUCGACAACAAUAGCGGCGGCCGCCCCGGAGAAGGAGCCUGGAGCCGGUGCCAGCGGGGGUCGUGGACCCCGAGCCGGCCUCCGACCCCCGGACGCCCCGGCAGCGUGGUUCCUGCUUGCAAGGCGAGCACGGAGGAGCAGCUCCGGUUUUGCCCCUGGUGGGGGCCGAGCCAGACCCUGUCUGCAAACUCCAUCCAGCGGACUGGAAGAAGUCAUAGCGCCGGCCUCAAGCCCGCAGUCUCUUCCCUCGCGAAUCCCGGGACCUACAAAGCCGGGGCCGCCCCGGCCGGGGCCGCGAUGCGGGUCGGUCCCGUGCGCUCUGCCAUGAGCGGCGCCUCUCAACCCCGCAGUCCGGCUCUGCUGCUCCCGGCCGCCCGGGGCACCCCGACCAAACGCCUGCUGGACGCGGACGACGCGGCGGCCGUGGCGGCCAAAUGCCCGCGCCUCUCUGAGUGCUCCAGCCCUCCGGACUACCUCAGCCCCCCGGGCUCGCCCUGCAGCCCGCAGCCCCCACCCGCAGCGCCGGGAGUCGGCGGCAGCUCCGGAAGCGUACCGGGGCCCAGCCGCAUCGCCGACUACCUGCUGCUGCCCCUGGCCGAGCGCGAGCAUGUUGCCCGGGCACUGUGCAUUCACACUGGCCGCGAGCUGCGCUGCAAGGUGUUUCCAAUUAAACACUACCAGGACAAAAUCAGGCCUUACAUCCAGCUGCCAUCGCACAGCAACAUCACCGGGAUCGUGGAAGUGAUCCUCGGGGAAGCCAAGGCCUAUGUCUUCUUUGAGAAGGACUUUGGGGACAUGCACUCCUACGUGCGAAGCCGCAAGAGGCUUCGAGAAGAGGAGGCUGCCCGGCUGUUCAAGCAGAUUGUCUCUGCUGUGGCCCACUGCCACCAGUCAGCCAUCGUGCUGGGGGACCUAAAGCUUAGGAAAUUUGUCUUCUCCACGGAGGAGAGAACCCAGCUCAGACUGGAAAGCCUCGAAGAUACGCACAUAAUCAAGGGUGAAGAUGACGCUUUGUCAGACAAACACGGCUGCCCAGCUUAUGUGAGCCCCGAGAUUCUCAACACCACGGGGACCUACUCUGGAAAGGCUGCGGACGUUUGGAGCCUGGGUGUGAUGCUCUACACCCUCUUGGUGGGACGAUACCCCUUCCAUGACUCAGACCCUAGUGCCCUUUUCUCCAAAAUCCGACGUGGACAGUUCUGCAUUCCUGACCACAUUUCCCCCAAAGCCAGGUGCCUCAUCCGCAACCUCCUGAGACGAGAGCCUUCUGAGAGACUCACUGCUCCCGAAAUCUUACUCCAUCCCUGGUUUGAGUCCGCCUUGGAACCUGGGUACGCUGACUCAGAAAUGGGAACUUCAGACCAGAUCGUUCCAGAAUACCAGGAGGAUAGUGACAUUAGUUCCUUCUUUUGCUAAUCCCAGAAACCUCAGAAACCUCAUAAUUCUCACACAUGGCAUUUCCAUUUCUGAAGACAGACAGGCCCUCUGGCGUGGUGCCACCCAGAUAGGUGACUGCGUCCAGAGGGUCCCUGCAGAGCUCCACGUGGCCCUUCUUGGUCGGGAUGAGUGACUCUUGAGCCAAGUGGAAUGCUCUCUGCUUGGUUGUUCCCUUCUUAGCAAACUGUCACUGACUCUCCCUUUGUUGGGUUUGGGCUUCUGCAAGUCUUGAAGCUGGCAGCGAAUGUGGGCCUUACACCCUGUAUUCUGGUCUCACCAACUUGAGCACUGGAGCAGGAAAGGAAGUACACUGCGCAUUUGUCAUCAUUUAACAGGAUGACAAAUGACUUGGGCCAAUAACCUUGCCGUCUCCGGACUCGUCUCUGGUAGCUGCACUUGGUACCGCGGUUUCUCUGGUCAGAAGUUCAUUGUUCUGGUUGAACACUCACCUUUACUUCACACUCACAUGUACCAAUGCUUCUGCUCCGUUGUGGGAGCGGACUGAGGCGCUCAGGAGUCUGUCCGAACCCAGACUGCUGAAUCCUGCGAAGACACCCUACGUGACCGAGGCUCCUGCCCUGGGAACCCGCUUGCUCCUGCUGCUCUGAGGGCGUUCUGCAGCUUACCAGGAACCCAAGAGCGUGAGCUCCUGGCUGCUUCCGAACCCUGAGCUCAUUAGUUUUUUAAAACUAACUUGAAGACUUGAAACCGUUUGUGCUUCUUGGUCUCCCUUUAAUAUGCUAGCACUUGGUCCUUUCCUUUUUUUCCCUGAGACUGUCUUAGGUGGGGCGUUUUGUCCAGGAGGGAAUGGAGAAGGAGACUUGUCACUCCCCUCUCUCAGGAGCAAAUCCUAAACAUCUUUGUGCUUCAAAGAAAGCAUAUUUUGGAGGCUCGGGUGCUCCCCAGGCUGACCUCUGCACGGUGUGGUGUGGUUUAUGAAGGCGUCUGUGCAGUCAGCUUCUGAGGGGACACAGCAAGCCCCCAAUACCCUCAAUUGCUUAGGACUUGAAACAUCAUCUGACCUGACUUCUCACCUCUUGCUCCCACCCUCUACCGCCAAAGCCCCCCAAGCUGUUUUUGCAGCGGGCAUCUGGUCUCUGUUUCAACGCUUCCAGACCAAAAACUCACUCCCAACGAAGAUGGAGCUUCACGGAGAAACUACAGCUCACAUUCUAAACCAGCGGGCUGAGCUGAGAUAGGGUGGUUAAACGGGUAAACAAAACAUACUGUAUUUUAAGAAAUGGCACAAAACCAGGCAGGCAUCUUUAAGGGCUAUGCCUAGGCAAACUACUAACCUGCAUUGUGAGAAUGCCGUGUAUACCUCACGUACUGUGUACUUUGUACAUAUAUCUUGCCUUUUAUACAGAUGUCCGAUGUGUUGUUGUGUUCGGCUCCCAGGCGUGUUCUGUGUCUGUGUUUGUCUGAAUAACCUGCGUGUCUGAAGCCACGUGAAAUGUGAAUGAUGUCGGCAAGGUGACCUUGUAGAAUGGCGGGACUUGGCGCGAGGGACCGGGCUCCGUCUGCCCUCGCCCUUGCCCUCGUGGUUGUUUGACGCUUGUAUCUGUGAUACGUUACCCAGCUGGAGACUGGGCUGGCUUCUGCCAGGACAGCUAGAAACACUAGACCUUCCUGUAUGUGUGUAGAUACGCGACCAGUGAGACAGCUGUCACUGACCUGUAGAGAAUUUUAAUAAAUCUGGUUU